AUUGGCGGUUUGACCAAGUCAAAAUCAAAGGUAAAUAUUAAUGCCACGUGUCAAAAUUUAGUGGGAGUAGGUGUUUGCUUUACUUUUGGUCUCUGUUAAGGUGGCGCCGCCGGUGACCGGGGUUGCAAAUUAAUUGCGAGACAGAAAUCAAAGGAAUCAUCGGUGGAGUUUUUCACUAUGGUUUCUUUGAGAACAUGGUUGGGGAAGCAGAAUCCCAACUUCACAAAGGGAAGGAGGUCUCACUAUUUGUUGAUGAGUCCAGGCGCAAGCUCAAUUCCAGGUUGCAUUCAGCAGGGCAUUUGCUUGAUGUUUGUCUUCCAAGAAUAGGAUUAGGUCAUUUAGAGCCUGGCAAAGCUUACCAUUUUGCUGAUGGACCUUGGGUUGAAUACAAAGGUACAGUUCCACAAAAUGAAAUGCAGAAUAAGCAAAAGGAUUUAGAGUUGGAAGCUAAUAAUUUAAUUUCCAUGGGAGCAAAAGUUCAUGCUGAGAUAUUACCAUAUGAUGAAGCUGCUAAGCUUUGUGGUGGUUGUCUUCCUGAUUAUGUUCCCAAGGAAAGCGCACCUCGAAUUGUAAGGAUAGGAGAGAAUCCUGGGUGCCCCUGUGGUGGUACACAUGUUACUGAUAUUUCAGACAUCAUACAAGUUAAGGUUUCCCAAAUUCGCUCAAAGAAAGGACUGACAAAAGUCUCAUAUAAUGUUGUAUCAAGUCUCAAGAUAUAGAGUCAGUAAUGUAUAAAUUCUACUGACAAAUUAUGGUUUUCAUACCAUGGCUGUUGAAUAUUAAACUACAAAACUUUGUAUGAAUAGUGUGUGUGUGGAAAGAACAAUUAUGCAUUAGAUUUGGGGUGUGGUCCUUAUAGUGACACAUAAAUACAGCAUAGCAUGCCAGAAGUCAUUAGCAUGAUGACAAUAAUAAUAUUGUUAGGUUUGAUAUUUGUAAAAUAGAAGUACUUUCUUUACA